AUGUACCCCGACCACUCCACUAACGGGGGGCCGGGUUGCUCCUCAUCGCUUGGUUUAUUCAUGGAACUAGGUCCCUGGCGUGUCCUCGACUCUGGCGGGCCCAAGUACAAUUCAUAUUCUUGGAACACCAACGCCAACAUUUUCUUCAUUGAUCAGCCCAUCGAUAUUGGAUUCUCCUACGCCGAGUAUGGCGAAACUGUCAGUACGUCCGAAGAUGCUACGCAAAACGUCGCUGCGUUUGUUACUAUUUUCUUCAGCUGCUUUGACCAGUUCAAAGGAAGACCGUUUCAUAUAGCAGGCGGAUCAUAUGGUGGAAGGUACCUCCCUCUGUUUGCCUCGGCUGUGUGUGAUAACAACGCGAAGCUCUUGGCCGCUGGUCAGACACCUAUCAACCUCGCGUCUGUAAUGAUAGGAAACGGAAUAACGGAUAGCAUGACGACGUUUCCAUCCUACUUCGACGUGCAAUGCACCGCAGCCUCCGUCCUGCCAACCCUAGAUAUCAAAACCUAUGUUUAUAUGAAAUCCGCUCUCCCAAGAUGCAAAAAAUGGAAGACCCAAUCCUCCGUGGACCAAUUCGACUCCAUCAACUGCGGCGCUGCAUACUCCUUCUGCAGCUCGGUUCUCAGCGCCCCUUACGACAAACCGGUACGCAGCAUGAACCCAUACGACAUGAGCCACAAAUGCGACGGGGAUAUCUCUGUGACGCUUUGCUACCCAAUGACCAAAUACAUCCUCCAAUAUCUCGAUGACCCCGUCAUCUGCACCCUCCUCGGUGUCGAUCCCUCCCUAACUGCCAAUUCACGGAGCGACUUCCACGCUGUCCAGGAUACCAACGACUACGUCUCCGUCCUUCUCGAACGCGGCGCAAGGGUGCUCAUAUACGCGGGCACGUACGAUUGGAUAUGUAAUUGGGUUGGGAACGAGCGGUGGACGAUCGCGUUGGGGUGGAGUGGGCAGAGGGAGUUUGCGAGGGAGGAACUAAAGGAGUGGUAUGUCGAUGAGAAACAUGCUGGGAAGAUGCGGAGCGCGAAGGGGUUGACAUUUGCCACUAUUGAUGGAGCGGGGCAGAUGCUGAAAGAAUCUUUGGCCAUGGUUCAGCGGUGGCUUCGCGGGCACGAUUUCUGA